GUCUUUUUGACCCUCUCUAGACUGGGACGAUGUCUGGAGAACUUCCUCUAAACAUUAACAUCAAGGAGCCUCGAUGGGAUCAAAGCACUUUUGUUGGACGAGCCAAUCAUUUCUUCACUGUAACUGAUCCCAGGAAUAUUUUGUUAACCAACGAGCAACUAGAGAAUGCAAGAAGAAUAGUACAUAACUACAGACAAGGAAUUGUUCCUCCAGGUCUCACAGAGAAUGAGUUAUGGAGGGCAAAGUACAUCUAUGAUUCCGCUUUUCAUCCUGACACUGGGGAAAAGAUGAUUUUGAUAGGAAGAAUGUCAGCCCAGGUUCCCAUGAACAUGACCAUCACGGGCUGUAUGAUGACAUUCUAUAGGACCACGCCGGCCGUGCUCUUCUGGCAGUGGAUUAACCAGUCCUUCAAUGCCGUGGUCAAUUACACCAACAGAAGUGGAGACGCACCCCUCACUGUAAAUGAACUGGGAACAGCUUAUGUUUCUGCAACAACUGGUGCUGUAGCAACAGCUCUAGGACUCAAUGCAUUAACCAAGCACGUCUCACCUCUCAUAGGACGUUUUGUUCCCUUCGCGGCCGUCGCUGCUGCUAAUUGCAUCAAUAUCCCAUUAAUGAGGCAAAGGGAACUCAAAGUUGGCAUUCCUGUCACUGAUGAAAAUGGGAACCGCCUGGGCGAGUCGGCAAAUGCUGCCAAACAAGCCAUCACACAAGUAGUCAUCUCCAGGAUUCUCAUGGCAGCCCCAGGCAUGGCCAUCCCUCCAUUUAUCAUGAACACUUUGGAAAAGAAAGCCUUUCUAAAGAGGUUCCCGUGGAUGAGCGCGCCUAUUCAAGUUGGGCUAGUUGGCUUCUGUUUGGUAUUUGCUACACCUCUGUGUUGUGCUCUGUUUCCUCAGAAAAGUUCCAUGUCUGUGACAAGCUUGGAGGCUGAGUUGCAAGCCAAGAUCCGAGAGACCUCUCCUGAAUUACGACGCGUGUACUUUAAUAAGGGAUUGUAACGUGGGGACAGAGACCACGACGGCUUACCCCGCCAACUGCACACCCGGGGGUGCCGUGUAGGUGAGGAAGAUCCUGCUGCACCUGGGUUCUUCCAGUUAUAGAAACCUUUCAAAGACCCCCUGGACCCUUUUCGAGUCAAGCUGCUCCUGAUAGCAUAGCGCCUGGUGUGGGCCAGGUGCCCGGCACCCGUUGGCUCCCUUACAUUAGAAUCACGGUAUAAUUUACAGAAAUACCCUUUCUGUAGCUUUUAUAGUAAUUGUUUUUCAAACACAAUAUCCCAGUCCUCACCCAGAGUUUUAAAAAGCACGGCUAGGCAUAGAGUAGAUGUUCAGUAUAUGCUCAAUAAAUAUUUAUUGAUUAUCAGUCCGUGAAAAGGAAAUCUGUUUAAAAUAAUGAAUUUUUAAUCCCAUUCUUGUUUCAAAUCACGGAGAUCUCAGCAGUGAUUUGGGAAAACACAAAAGUUCUGAUGCUCAACAGUAAAAAAUGACUCAUAAAUAUUAGGGCAGUUUGCUUCCAGUUUGGGCGGUGGGCACCCCGAGGUAGAUUGUGAGCCUUUUGGAUCUGCAGGAUAACAGCUCCUUCAUAUACCUCCCAAAAGUCAAGUGUGA